CGCCUUUCUCUCUCCAGUACCAAACCGUUAAACGAGAGGACGCGUUGAAGAGAAAGCCGAGAGGGAGACGCCAUGGCCACUGCUUCUUUGUGUUGUUCUGCUGGGGUCAAUGGAUUCGAUGGAGGCCUUCGGAUUCGAUGGAGCUACCUUCUUCAACCAAUUUCCCUUCCUGUUCCCAGGUAGUAACUUCUCGUCCUUUCCGCCCCUUCUCCGAUUGAAUUUUAGUGAGCUUGCUGUCAUUUGCUGACGUCCAUCCCUGAUCGCGAGGCGAAUUCUGGUCUGUUUGGGCGGAACCUAGUUCGUUCAUAAAUGUUUUCUUGAAAAUCGGGGUUGAUUGAGUUAUGGAGGUCUCUCUCUGCUGGAGAGCUGUUUUAUUGGGCGGUGGUUGAGGUGGAAUUGUGCUUAGUCGAGCUGAAAAGGAAGUCAAUUAGUCCAAACCUGGGGGUUUCAGGAUUGUACUGCGUUCGCAUCAAAAUGGGCUGUUGCAAAGCAUGAUGUCUAAAGGUUGAGCAUUUUGUGUUUAUGAUAAUACCUCACUGACCACUCUGGAUUGGUUAUUGGUGUGCUGCGUCUGUGGUCACACAGAAAGCAAGGAAGAUUGAUGUUGAGUUCCUGUUUUGACAAGGGUUGCUUCUUCUUGAAAUGGAAGUUUGGAUUCGAGAAACAAAAAGAAAAUUUCCCACCCAUCCUCUGGGAUUUGAAAUGAUGAAGGGUGUGGCUAUCGAGCUGCAAUCGACUUUUCUAGUGAACAAUGUUUUAUCAUCAUGUUCACCCGAAUGAUGAGAAAAGUUCAGACAAUAGUGAGGGCUACUUCUCGGGUUGAUAAGUUCUCGAAAAGUGAUAUCAUCGUUUCACCAUCUAUCCUGUCUGCUAAUUUUGCAAAGUUGGGAGAGCAGGUUACUUAUUGCUCCUUGCUCUUGGUAUAUAAGUGUUAAGUCUAUUGAUGUUAUGAUCAGGCUCUAGGCUAAACGAAUUCGAGAAAUAAAUUGGAGGCUGGAAAGUGAAUCCCUGCUAUUGCUGCAGGUCAAAGCUGUUGAGGAAGCAGGAUGUGAUUGGAUCCAUGUUGAUGUAAUGGAUGGUCGUUUCGUGCCAAAUAUCACAAUUGGACCUCUUGUGGUUGAUGCUCUGCGCCCUGUAACAGAUCUCCCCUUAGAUGUGCACUUGAUGAUUGUGGAACCUGAUCAACGUGUGCCAGAUUUUAUCAAGGCUGGAGCUGACAUAGUCAGCGUUCACUGUGAACAAUCUUCCACCAUUCAUUUGCAUCGUACUGUAAAUCAGAUAAAAAGCCUUGGAGCCAAAGCUGGAGUUGUUUUGAACCCUGGAACCCCUUUGAGCGCUAUCGAAUAUAUUCUUGAUGUGGUUGAUCUGGUCUUGAUCAUGUCUGUGAACCCUGGUUUCGGUGGGCAAAGCUUCAUUGAGAGCCAAGUAAAGAAGAUUGCCGACUUAAGGAGAUUAUGUGUGGAGAAGGGAGUAAAUCCAUGGAUAGAAGUUGAUGGUGGUGUUGGUCCCAAAAAUGCUUAUAAGGUUAUUGAGGCUGGAGCUAAUGCUUUAGUUGCUGGUUCUGCUGUUUUUGGAGCCAAAGAUUACGCUGAAGCUAUAAAAGGAAUCAAAACUAGCACAAGGCCAGUUGCAGUACCAGCAUGAAGUGGGAUCGCCUGAAUCAACCUGAUUGGUUACUGCUGGGAAGCUUCUUUGUGUUCGUACGUAGGUUACACUUCCGUUUGUUCUUCAGAGGGCUGGAAUCUCUGAUCGGCUUCAAGUUUGUCGCCUUCUGUUCAUAUUGCUGAUUGAGUCGGUGUAUAGUGAUAGAACCAUUAUGAGAGAUUUUUAAUCAAAAGCCAUGGUGGUCAUUUUUCUAUUUGCAGAUAAUACGCACAGCACAGAUAUAGGUGGCAGAUUAUUCCUAUCCCCCCUUUGGUGUUAGAUGAUCAAUUGUCCGCUGGCCUGGUUCCAUGGUGGGCGACAGCUAGAAUAAAAAAGCAUAAAGACAUCUUGUUGGCAAUAAUUCGUGCCGCAAGGUAUAUUUGUUUUGUAUCGUUUUCGUAGCCUUGUCCAGUCCUCAGUUGCUG